GCACACAGUGUUCUCGUACAUAAGCUGACGAGGUGUUUGUACUUUUUUUUCCCUCUCCACUUCGCACAUAGAAAUUCUUCCUUGCUGAACUUAUCUGUUCACCCUCGCCUCAUUGGCACGUUUACAGAACCGUUGGGCCAUCAGUAGAUUCAGUGGCAUCUCCGCGCUUUUCCCCCUCCACACAUCCUUUCACGCCUCAGCGUGCCCUUUAAUCAGCGCUCUUCUUCUGCCUUUGCACGAAAGCGCACUAGCAUAAACAUAGAAGUUUUCCUUUCUGUGAUCGGGUGAACUGUAUUCGGGUCUCUUUUUGUGUUGAUUGCUCCUCCGCUGCCUCUACGCCGCUUUGCUUUUUGCAUACUACUUCCGAAGAGUUUUUCCUUGUAGUGCAUUUAACAAAGGCGGCAGCAAUGCUGAGCACACGCGGUGCCAUCACCACCAACGUCGCCCUCGUUGAGUGCGCCGCAGGGCAGAACAAGGCAGACGCGAGUGUCUUUCUGUUGAGCGAGCUGGAGAAAGUGUGGGUCGCCGUCGCCGUUGUGGCGAGGCGUCUCCUGCUGGACGGUCGCGCGGUGCAAGUUUCCCCCUUUGGCGCGUUGUGGACGGAGGAGUACGUCCUACUGCGCGAUCGUCAGCAGCGCCCUUACACAACUCGCAAGCUAUGCUUUGGCAUUCAUCUGAACUACGCCAACCGUUACGGCAUUGACACGGGCAAGGUCCCUCUCGAAAAGAGCAACGGGGUGGGUUGCGUGCGGGUGAGCAUGGCGGACAUCGUCGCCGUGUGUGGCGUACCGGCGCGCACCGCGGCCGCAGCGCUGAGAGAGUUCUUCAUGUACCUCGGCGAAGGCCUCUCCCGUGGACGCAUUUUUCAGCUGGCGAUGCCCGGCGUCGCCACCAUUGCCAUCAAGCAGCAGAAAGUCGUACUGACCAUGAACGAUGACCUCCGCCACGCCAUGUACGAAAUUGACAGCCGCAAGUGGGCGGUGGAGCUCCGAGAGGAGGGACUGACAGCGCUGGCGCACCUCACCGCUGCUCCAGCCUCCGGCGUCGUCUCGGCGCAAUCGUCGCGGCCGUCGACGUCGCGUGCAUCGCGUGUGAGUUGGCGGCCCGUCCCCGCGCCGUCCACGUCAGCAGCAGUAUCAUCGCUCACAGAUGAAAAGAAAGCCGUCUUCAUUGCCGCUGCCCCGUCCGGUCGCACCUUCGAUGAAAUCGCGCAGCAGGCGGAACAGCGACGCAAGGCAGCGGAGAUCGCCGCCGGCGCAGAGCGGGAGAUGCGGCGUCGUCAGGAAGACUUGGACCGACGCAUCGAGCACUACUACUACUACUACGGCGAGGGAGACCGCGACGAGUACCACGCAGAUCCGAUGAUGAAUGAGAUGCACUUUUACGGGGACGGGGAGGGAGACCGCGACGACGACGAGACACAGGUCGCCGAGGUAGAUGAAGGUCAGCGCCGUCGCCUCCGCCCACCCAGUGCAUCGGGGGAGUCGAUCUACAACGUUCUAGCUGACCACCAAGGUCGCGCACCAGCGACGUCUCACCAGUACGGGCUUCAACCACAGCGACCACACGCGCCUUACCCGCCCCACAGCCGUAUUAUCGAUGAACCGGAGGUAGAGGUGAUUGAGAUGGUCGGCGACGAGCAUCCCCAUCUUGCGGAUGCGGCCGCAAAUGAGGAGGAAGAAGCGAGGGCGAGACGGCCACUGGCGCACAAAGAUGCGGAGCUCGAGCGCGUCCUGCGAGAGGAAGAACCGUUUAGCAGGCCAAUUUCGCGCCGCACCUACCAUGAGACGUGCGCAGCGCGAGAUUUGAUUUACGCCCAACCCUUGGAAGCCCCGGAGCGGGUCUCAUCGUCGUCGUCCGCUCCUGCUGCCGCUGCCGAGCCCUUCUCUGUUUUUCGACCAUCUCGCAAAGCAAACAACUUAGCAGCCAGCGCGGAGGUUGAGGAGCGAAGUGCGCAAGAGCCGACGCAUCCGCAGCCAAACAAGGGUGCGGAUAGCGGGCGGCAGCCACCGCACGAAGAAGCGAUCCGCUUUGGUCGUAAGCGCUUUAACGGGAACAGCUACGACGACGACCACGUAGGUAGCCUCCUUCAGUAUGGUGCAUAG